AGGUAAAGGUGGGCGUGUGGGAGGAGCUAACGCCCCCCCCCCCCUUUAUUUUUUUUGUCUCCCGCGCUUUGGGCUCAUUGGUGGCUCGCGGUCGGGUUCAACCCCGCCCUCUGGAACGUCCGCAGAGAAGCAACAGCUUCUUUCAUCGCGAGGAUGGCGAACACGUAGCAGCAGUAACGAGCUACACUGUAACAGCUGUGCGCGCGGGGAGAGAGAGAGAGAGACAGAGAGAGGAAAAAAGAGAUGCUUUGCGGAUUAUUGGGCUCGAAACAGCGGGAGGGAAUUCGGAUAUAGCUCGGAUAUGGACGUGUCAGUCAGUUAAAGCUUCUUCUUUCUGCCUUCGUAGUCAAAUUGUGGUUGUGCCUGUGGUUGGAGUUUUUUUUCGCUCCCUCUGCUCUUCAUGGAAGCUUCAUGAUGGAUUAUUUGCUGGUUUUGUGCAGCCUUUUGCUGCCUGUGGUGUCUGCUGUUGAAGAGACACUUAUGGACAGCAAGUGGGCCACAACCGAGCUAGCAUGGACCACGUAUCCAGAAAGCGGGUGGGAGGAGGUCAGCGGCUACGACGACUCCAUGAACCCCAUCCGAACGUACCAGGUGUGUAAUGUCCUGGAGCCCAACCAGAACAACUGGCUUCGGACGGACUUCAUCCCACGCCGAGGUGUGCUCCGCGUCUAUGUGGAGCUCAAGUUCUCGGUGCGAGAUUGCGCUAGCAUUCCCAACAUCCCCGGCUCCUGCAAAGAGACCUUCAACCUGUUUUAUUACGAGUCCGAUGGGGACACGGCGACGGCGAACAGCCCACCGUGGCGGGAGAAUCCUUACGUGAAGGUGGACACCAUUGCCCCUGAUGAGAGCUUCUCUCUGCUAGAGUCGGGGAUCGUCAACACCAAAUUACGCAGCUUCGGACCACUAUCCAAAGCCGGUUUCUACCUGGCCUUCCAGGACUUGGGUGCUUGCAUGUCUCUGAUCUCCGCCCGUGUCUUCUUCAAGAAGUGCUCCACCACCAUAGCCAGCUUUGCAGUCUUCCCCGAAACAGCGACAGGUGCAGAGGCCACCUCGCUGGUCAUCGCCACCGGCGCGUGUGUACCUAACGCCGUCGAAGUGUCCGUCCCUCUCAAGCUCUACUGCAAUGGAGACGGCGAGUGGAUGGUUCCCGUGGGAUCCUGCACCUGCAUGCCAGGCUUUGAGCCAGCCAAGAAAGACACCCAGUGCCAGGCAUGCACAGCCGGCUUCUUCAAGUCCAAGCAGGGCGAAGGCUUCUGCACCCCGUGUCCACCUUUCAGCCGGGCCACGUCCGGCGCAUCCAGCGUGUGCCCGUGUCAGAACGGGUACUACCGUGCCGACGGCGACUCUCCUGACUCGCCCUGCACCACUGUCCCUUCAGCCCCUCUCAGCGUGAUCUCCAGCAUAAACGAGACGUCGGUGUCUCUGGAGUGGGCGGAGCCACGCGACUCUGGUGGCCGAGCCGACCUUGUGUACAACGUGGUGUGCAAGAAGUGCGAGCACGGUGCCUGCGUGCGCUGCGACGACAAUGUAGAGGUCGCGCCGCGGCGCCUGGGCCUCGCCGAGAGACACGCGGCCGUCAGGAACCUGCAAGCUCACACGCACUACAGCUUCGAGAUCCAGGCCGUCAACGGCGUCUCACCCAAGAGCCCCGUCACGCCGCGCUACGCCACCGUCAAUAUAACCACCAAUCAGGCGGCACCUUCGGCUAUACCCACUGUGCACCUCAUGCGUUCCACAGCGAGCACCCUCAGCCUCUCCUGGCUGCCUCCAGAGCGACCCAACGGUGUCAUCUUAGAUUACGAGAUCAAAUACCACGAGCAGGGUGAGUCUUUCUCUCACACGGUUACGGCUCAGACCAGCUCGGCGAGGGUGGAGGGGCUGAAAACGGGCACGGUGUACACGGUGCAGGUCCGAGCUCGCACCGUGGCCGGCUAUGGCAGCUACAGUCACCCGGUGGACUACAGCACCAGCCUACAUGACGAUCCGGAGCGCUCCGUGCAGGACCAGCUACCCCUCAUCAUCGGUUCGGCCUUGGCCGGCUUCGUCGUCAUCGUGGCCACAGUGGUCAUCGCUGUUCUCUGCCUCAGGAGGCAGCGCACAGGCUCUGAGCUGGAGUACACAGAGAAGCUGCAGCAGUACGUGUCCCCAGGUGUGAAAGUCUACAUCGACCCUUUCACUUACGAAGACCCAAACGAGGCGGUGCACGAGUUCGCCCGCGAGAUCGACAUCUCCUGCGUGAAGAUUGAGGAAGUCAUCGGAGCAGGGGAGUUUGGAGAGGUUUGUCGCGGGAGGUUAAAGCAGCCCGGCAGGAAGGAAGUGGCCGUGGCAAUCAAGACUCUGAAAGCAGGCUACACGGAGCAUCAGAGACGCGACUUCCUGGCAGAGGCGAGCAUCAUGGGCCAGUUCGACCACCCCAACGUCAUCCACCUGGAGGGGGUGUUGACCCGGAGCUGCCCGGUGCUGAUAGUAACCGAGUUCAUGGAGAACGGAGCUUUGGACUCCUUCCUCAGGCUGAACGACGGUGGGUUCACGGUGACGCAGCUCGUCGGCAUGCUGCGAGGCAUCGCGGCCGGAAUGAAGUACCUCUCCGACAUGAACUACGUCCACCGCGACUUGGCAGCACGCAACGUCCUCGUUAACAGCAACCUGGUGUGCAAAGUUUCCGACUUCGGCCUCUCGCGCUUUCUGGAUGAGAACUCGUCCGACCCGACCUAUACCAGCUCCCUGGGUGGAAAAAUCCCGAUCCGCUGGACAGCCCCCGAGGCCAUCGCCUUCCGCAAGUUCACCACAGCCAGCGACGUGUGGAGCUACGGCAUCGUCAUGUGGGAGGUGAUGUCGUUCGGAGAGCGGCCCUACUGGGACAUGAGCAACCAGGAUGUGAUGAACGCGGUGGAGCAGGACUACAGGCUUCCUCCACCCAUGGACUGCCCGGCCGUUCUUCAUCAACUGAUGCUCGAGUGCUGGCUGAAGGAGCGCAACGCGCGGCCUCGCUUCGCCCACAUCGUUAGCACGCUGGACAAGCUGCUGCGCAAUGCUGCCAGCCUCAAAACACUAACCUCCGCACACUCAGGGGAUCUGUACCGUAUUGGCGGGACCCUGCCUGGCCACCAGAGGAAGAGUUUAGGCGGCGUGCAGGACAUGAGACAAAUGAGCCAAACUCUCCCCAUCCGAGUCUGAAGCGAGUCCGAAUCGGAAACCAGACCGCACCCCCCGAGGAACAUUUCAUCAUUAAGAACACCACCGGAGGCUUGGAGAACCUUCUUCAUGCAGUAUUUUGGAAAUAUAUAUAUAUAUCAUCGAACUCCAUCAGACCUGAGGAACUUUGGAGAACCUUUGGGCUUCCCUACAAGGAAACUACUCCUGGUCUAUAGGCAGUGUGUAUAAAUGACUCGGAUUGUAUUCAGUUCUUUUUUUUUUUUCCCUCAUCUUCAUUUUUUUUUGCACUGAACGAUUAUUACGCAGCUCAAAUCUGUGGGGUUUUCUGUUUUGUUUAGUUUUUUUUACUACUCAGGUUCAGUUUGCAUGCAUGCAUGUUUCUCUAACAGCGAACCUUUGGAGACGGGGUGGUUGGGGGCGGGGGGAUCAAUGUAACGUGGCUGACGAUGAAUAAGAACCAGUAGAGGGGUAAGCAUCUGGUUCGCAUGCUACCGGAUUGCCUUUAGCUUUCCUGCAUUAUUAACGGCGGCAUUCUGGGUGUUCUCUUAAUGAAAUCCUUCCGUUUGCGAGUUUCCGGAGGCCAUACAGAGUGAAGAAUUAUAAGCUAAAUGAAUAAUAUUUGACAUGAAUUAAUAUGCGAGCCUCAAAUAGAAAUGAAAGGGUUCGCCGUCAGCCCUGAGGACAUUUUCGAUUCCUUUUUUUUCUCUUCUGAUCUUCAUAUUGAAGAAAAGAAGGGCACGGAAGAAACAUUUUUUUUUUUCCCCAAAUGGGGGGAGGGGAGGGGGGAACGAUCACCUGCGGAGGUUGAGAACUUGAAGAACCCUUUGAACCGAAGCAAAGUCAGUUGACUCCUGCGUUUUGUUUACCUCUGUUGUAUUUCGUCUUCCACGUUCCAGUAUUAAGACAAAUCUCCUCAUGGACUGUGAUCUUAGAACUGCUGUUAACUGUGACCGAGGAGGAUGUUAUGGAGUGUGUGUGUGUGGGUGUGUGUGUGGGUGUGUAUACAGUAUGUGUCCAAAUGAGAUUCAUAUGCAUGCUAGAUUUCAGAGCUCUGUGAUUGAUCAUAUUUCGUGAAGAGAGACAACACGUGGACUGAUGAAACAGCUAUUCCUAUUUACCAGUAAUUCACUGCAAAAUAUGCAUCAUUCUGUAAAUAAAUACGGCUCAUACGAGACUAAUUAGACCUGAUUGGAUUAAUUUGCGAUGGCCGGUGUGUUCGAUUUAGACCACAAAGCAACUAGUGUCCUGUUGAUGCUUAUCUUUUAGGUUUUAAAGCCACGUCAUGGCCGGGACGUACGAACCAUUUUACAAUUUAAUCCAACAUCCACUGUCAUUGUAUCACAGUACAAACGAACCCCUUUUUUUAUUAUUUAAAUAAAUAAAUAAAUAGAUAGAUACGCCCAUAAAAUGGUUAAUAAGAUAAACAGGAGAGCUGUUGAAUUCUCGAUUCUGAUUGGUCAGAAGAUGUACUGUUUUUAUAGUAACCACUCGCACGGGGACUUGUAUGGCUUUGUUGUUUCCCGCUAACGUGACGAGCCGCGUAUUCUUUCUCUUAUUAACUGCUAACAUGAACUAUAAACAGAUAACAGAUCGACUCCUCUGCGCUGACACUGGAGACUCCUUCCAUAAAUACGGAGAACGACACCAUAUCAAACGAUUACGCGUUAUAUAAUAUAAACCGCUCUCCCGAGAUGUCGGAAAUUAUUUGGAUGAAAACUUUCGGACUAAUUAGAACGGAAAAGCGCCACAUUAUUUAUAUAUCUAGACCUCGCAUAGGUAAUCAAAGUGAUGGGUCUUGGCUAUGUGUGUGUAUAUGCGUGGACUCUGGAAGCGAUUUUUGUCAGCGUGAUCAGAGGCGCUCUGACUCGUCUGGCUGAUUUCCCCAGUCGUAUCUCCCUAAGCGAGCAGACCCUCGUUCCCCGCACUUGCACAAAGGUGCGUUUGAUCUCGCCAAUUACGCCGAACGCGGCGAGAACAGCUUGGCAGCCGAGUCGGGUGUGCGUCGGACUCUUUUAACUGGCAUAGCAAUUUGCCCAGAGGUUGCUGGGCCUGCAGCCGCCGCCAUUCUCGCUGCCUCAUCAGUAGAGAGAGAGAGAGAGAGGAAUAAAGAGAGAGAGGCGAGAAACAAAUAUGAGGGAGGAAGUAGAAAAGGAGAGAGAGAGAGAGAGAGGAAAAAGGCUAGUCCAAAUGUGCUGUAAUAAUCACAAUGC